AUGCAUUCUAACCUGGCCACCUGGCUCGGAGCUCUGGGCUUCCUGCUGUGCGCGCUGAUAUGUUUGGGAACUCUGACGGAGGGAUACCCCAUCAAACCCGAGAACCCAGGGGAGGACGCCCCGGCAGAUGAACUGGCCAAGUAUUACUCCGCAUUGAGGCACUAUAUUAACCUCAUCACAAGACAAAGGUACGGGAAGAGGUCUAGUCCUGAGAUUCUGGACACUCUUGUUUCAGAGCUGGUGCUGAAGGAAAGUGCAAACUCUCUUCCACAGAGCAGAUAUGACCCGUCAUUGUGGUAA